CUCUGCCCUUCCUCACAAUGAAGUUCUUGGCACUCCUGGUGCUGGUUGGAGUUUCCACCGUCCUGGUCUCUGGCCAGAAUACAACAACUGCUCCAACUACAGCUGCUGCCACUCCACAGACCACCACUGCGGCUCCUACCACCACCUCUGCUACCACGGCUACUACCAAAAAAUAUAUAGUGCUCCCGACUCUCCCUACUCUUCCGACUUUUCCGAAUCUUCCGACUUUUCCGAAUCUUCCGACUUUACCGAAUCUUCCGACUUUUCCGACACUACGAUUUCCCUGAGAUGGAAUCAGACACAUUCCUAGACUGGACCAUUAGCAGUUUCUCC